AUGGCGCUGGGCGAGGCAGCCCCCGAGGCGCCCAAGUUUCUAGUAAACUCCGCGAUGGCCAGCCUGACCGUGAUGGUUCAGCCCCCACUUCCGGAGGAGGUGGACUCUGCCCCGCCCCUGUGUCCGGAGACCGUGCCAGUAGAGGGCAAGGUGGAGAAGGAGGUGAUGACCCACACGCAAGGCGAGCCAGAGAUGUUAGCGCUCACGCCAGGCGGGACGGCGGCCAAUGUGGGGCUCACCGGGGCGACGCUGCAGAAGUUCGGAGCGAACCGAACCCGCUCAUUGAAAGGAAGGAAGUCUGAGGGAGACACAGAGGUAAAGGAUUCCUGGGCAGCUGCGGAGAUGUUGCAGCUCACAGGCGAGGAUAAGAUCAUGGGUCGCUUCGACACGAUCAUCGGGGUCAUGGUCCUCCUGAACGCGCUAGCCAUGGCCAUUAACCUGGAGUGUCUUGGUGCGAAAUCUGGCACCGCCCUUGGCAUCGCGAACGGGGACGCGAUUUGCGUCAUCACCCCCGCCUUGGACUUCUCCGAGCACUUCUUCGCCGCCGUCUUCACCAUGGAGCUGCUCUACCGGCUCUACCGCAUUCGAUGCGACUACUUUCGGGAUGCGUGGAACUGGCUGGACGCGUCCCUUGUACUUGUCGCAGUGGUGGAUCUCUACGUGGUGGAUGCCCUCCUUGCCGACUCGCCAGCAAACAAUGCCACCACUCUCCGUGUCUUUCGAGUGGUGAAGCUCGCGCGAGUGCUGCGGAUCGCCCGGGCGCUUCAUCUCUUUCGGGGCCUCCGCGUGCUGAUCAAGGCGUGUAGCUCCUUCUUGCCCUCCCUCAGUUGGUCCAUGGCUUUGCUGGGCCUUUGCAUCCUCUGUGGCGGCUUGCUGAUCGGGAACUUGGUCCAGGACUUCAUCCUGGACGAGGCCCAGGACCUUGAGACGAGGGACUGGAUCUGGCGCCACUACGGCACCUCCUUCCGCGCCAUCUACACCAUGUACGAAAUCACCUUUGCCGGGAAUUGGGGCAUCUAUGCAAGACCCGUACUGGAGCAUGUGAGCCAGGGCUUUGUGCUCUUUUAUGUCACUUACAUCACCUUCGUGGUUUUCGCGGUGAUUCGUGUCAUCACGGCGAUCUUCCUGCGUGAGACACUAGAGGCUGCCAACAAUGAUGCCGAGCUCAUGGUUCAGGAAGGCUUGCGGAGGAAGGCGACUUACAUCCACAAGCUCGAGGCCAUCUUCAACGCCAUCGACGAGAGUCAGGAUGGCUUGAUCGACGAGGACGAGCUGAAUGAGCUCUUCAUGGACUCGCGGGUGACCACCUACUUGGAGACGCUGGAGAUUGACGUGCUGCAGUCUUCCGCCCUCUUCCACUUGCUGGCCAACACGGAUGGGCAAAUCACCUGCACGGAUUUCAUCGACGGCAUCUUGCGAUGCAAGGGCCCGGCCCGAGCCAUCGAUCAGAUCAUGAUGGAGAAGAAUGUGAGACGCCUAGAGGAUCAGAUCAAGUACCUCAUAGCUACCAUGGAGACCGCAGAUGUCAUCCCCAAGCGCCCAAGCAGACCGUCUCAGAAGAACCAGCAGAGGCGCAUGCUUGAUGAUCAGAUCACACUCCUUGCGACGGCCAAGAUGACGGACAUCCAACGUGCGAGCUCCAAGCCAGACGCGCAGGAGGUGCCGUCGCCAGAGGUGCUGCCGAUCCCUGACAAGGAGCCAAAUGAGGGAGUGUCGGAGCUUCUGGAGGCCUCGGGGUCAGUGGCUGCGGGGAAGAUGCAGCUGCUGCUGGCCCGCGCCGCCGAGAAUCCCGAGGUGCGGCCGCAGGUGCUGCAGGCCCUGGCGCGCACCGAGCAGACGGGGCGCCUGAACCGCUUCGUGGAGAACCAGGGCCCCGAGAUGCUGGUGGAGUGGCUGGCGGAUCUCUGCCUGGCGCCCGCCUGCCUCAGAGUCUUGGCCAAGGUGCCGCUCCACCCGAAGAAGCGGGAGGAGCUGGGCUUGUGGGCUGCUGUGACCUCCCCGCAGCUCGCCAAGCUGCCGGAGGCGGAGAGGUGCCGCAGUUUGUGGGCCAAGACCCGGUCCCGGGAGCCCCCAGCGCAGCUGGCGCAGCCGGUGUCCGUGGAGGAUCCGCCGCGGCCGAGGAAGCGGAAGUCGGAGGACACGGUGCUGCAGCUGGAAAAGCUCGGCCGGACGUUGGAGGAGACGAAGCGGGUGGAAGCCUACGAGACUUUGUUCCCGGAUCCCUUCGCGUGA